AUGAGUGAGGAACAAUCUGGACAUGAAGUUCCUGUGAAGAGAGAGGAUACCUCUCUGCCUGUGGAAGCUGAGGCUGCUGCUGUCGAUCCACCUAUUCCAGCUGAUGAGGCCUCUAAUGAGGCCUCUGAAGAGGCUGCAGUUUUGAAAAGACCUUUAGAAGAAGAUUCAGACACUGCGGAACAACCUAAUGCAAAGAGAGAAAAUACAGGUAUUGCAGGUGAUGAGCAGCAAGAACAGCAUAAUGAAGAGGAUGAUAAUAAUGAGGACUAUGAAGAGGAGGAAGAAGAAGAAGAAGACGAAGAGGAAGGCGAAAAUGAAGAAGACGAAGAGGACUCGAUGGCCCCAUCUAAGAGACAGCGUCAAGAAAGAAACAGGUUUUUGGAUAUUGAAGCUGAAGUCAGUGACGAUGAAGACGAGGAUGAAGACGAGGAAGAAUCAGAAUUGGUCAAAGAAGGUUUCAUUACUAGGGGUGACGAAGAAGAAGAAGGUGCUCGUAGAGAUGACAGAUUGCACAGACAAUUAGAUCAAAACUUGAACAAGACUUCCGAAGAAGACGCUCAACGUUUGGCUAAGGAAUUAAGAGAAAGGUACGGCAGAACUAGUUCCAAGCAAUAUCGUGAUGCGGCACAAGACGGUUACAUUCCCCAAAGAUUCUUGUUACCAAGUGUUGACACAGCUACAAUCUGGGGUGUCAGAGUUAGACCAGGUAAGGAAAAAGAAUUGGUGAGAAAGCUAUUGAAAAAGAAACUGAAUUUGGAUAGAGCAAUGGGUAAUAAGAAACUGAAAAUUUUAUCCAUUUUUGAGAGAGAUAAUUUCAAAGGUAGAAUCUAUAUCGAAGCUCCAAAACAAUCAGUUAUUGAAAAAUUUUGUAACGGUGUCCCAGAUAUUUACGUUUCACAAAAAAUAUUAAUCCCAGUUCAAGAAUUACCUUUAUUAUUAAAACCAACAAAAUCGGAUGAUGUUACUUUGGAAGAAGGCAAUUAUGUUAGAAUUAAGAGAGGUAUUUAUAAAGGUGAUUUGGCAAUUGUCGACCAAAUUAGUGAAAAUAAUUUAGAAGUGAUGUUGAAAAUCGUGCCACGUUUGGAUUAUGGCAAAUAUGAUGAGAUAGACCCAAUCACCCAACAGCGUAAAGCAAGAAGAGCAACCUAUGCUAAUAGACCUCCCUCACAAUUAUUCAACCCUACUCUGGCAUUGAGAUUAGAUCAAGCUAAUCUGUAUAAGAGAGACGACCGCCAUUUUACCUACAAAAAUGAAGAUUAUGUUGAUGGUUAUCUUUACAAGUCAUACAGAAUUCAACAUGUUGAAACAAAAAAUAUCCAACCAACUGUCGAAGAAUUAGCAAGAUUUGGCUCUAAGGAUGGUUCAAUUGAUCUAGCUACCAUUUCACAAACCAUCAAGAAGGCACAAGUUGCCAACAUCAUUUUCCAUCCAGGUGAUCGUGUUGAAAUUUUGAAUGGUGAACAACGUGGUUCUAAAGGUAUAAUCAUCAAAACUACCACAGAUAUUGCAACUGUUAGAUUACCAGAAAUCCAAUUAAAGCCUCUAGAAUUUCCAGUUUCUACUUUAAGAAAAAUUUUCCAACCUGGUGACCAUGUUACCGUUGUGAAUGGUGAUCACCAAGGCGAUGCAGGUCUGGUUCUGGCCAUUAAGCAAGGUCAAGUUACCUUCAUGUCUAACCAAACUAGAGAAGAAAUUACAAUUACUGCCAAUAAUUUAACUAAAUCUAUGGAUUCUACCCCUACAUCAAGUGAAUAUUCUUUGCAUGAUAUCAUUGAAUUAAGUGCCAAAACUGUUGCAUGUAUUAUCCAAGCAGGUCAUGAUCUUUUCAAGAUUAUCGAUGAAACUGGUAAAGUUUCAACUAUAACAAAAGGUUCUAUUUUGAGCAAAGUUAACGUUGCUCGUGCUCGUGUAAGUACCGUUGACGACAAAGGUAACGAAAUCAAGAUCGGUGAUACAAUUGUAGAAGUUAUUGGUGCACGUAGAGAAGGUCAAGUAUUAUACAUCCAAAACCAACAAAUAUUUGCCAUGUCAAAGAAAAUAAUCGAAAAUGCUGGUGUUUUUGUUGUAAGUCCAUCAAAUGUCGAAGCUGUUUCAUCGAAGGACAACAUGUUAGGUGGUAGUAUAGACUUGAAUAAAUUAAAUCCAGAAGUUAUUUCUAAAAUGGGUCCACCACCUGUUGCCAAAGCCCAACAAAGCCGUGGUGGCCGUGAUGUGGCACUAGGUAAAACUGUUAGAAUUCGUUCUGCUGGUUAUAAAGGCCAACUGGGUAUUGUAAAGGAUGUCAAUGGUGACACUGCAACCAUCGAAUUACACUCUAAAAACAAAAAUAUCACUGUCGAUAAAAAGAAAUUGACAUUUUACAAUAAAGAAGGUGGUGAAGGUAUAACAUAUGAUGAAUUAGUCAGCAGACGUGGUAGAGUGCCACAACCCAGAAUGGGCCCAAGUUAUGUUAGUGCUCCAAGAGAUAUGCCAAGGGAUAUCAGUGGCCCAGGUCAAUUAUCUGGUGGUAUGACACCUGGUUGGGGUGGAUUUGAUGGCGGUAAGACACCUGCAGUGAACUCAGGACCAAGUGGUAAUGGAGGUGCUUCCGCCUGGGGCAACACGUCUUCCUGGGGAGGAUCGUCAUCUUGGGGUGGCCGUGGUGCUGGCGGUAAUACAUCUGCAUGGGGUGGUUCCGGUGCUACCUCUACAUGGGGUGGUGCUUCAGCUUGGGGUAACAAGUCCAGUUGGGGUGGUGGAUCCACAUGGGCCCAAAACGGUGAAAACAAUGGUAACGCUUCCAACUGGGGAGGUAAUAAAUCAUCCUAUGGUGGUGCCUCUACAUGGGGUAACUCCGGUAGAGAUGGUGCUGCUUCUGCUUGGCGUGGUAACGUGACCAACAACAACAAGAAUACCAAUAGCGAUAAUAAUAACAAUGGUAACAUGUCCACCUGGGGCAACAACGAACAUUCAAGAAAUAACAGUUCCUGGGGUGGUCAUUAA